AUUCUUAACUGGUUUCAGCUACUCUCGGUUAGCUUUCACAAAAGAAUUCGGCACCCUGAAUUGAGCUUAGGUCUUGAGUUGCAUUUUCUGUUCCACUCCGAAGAAAUUAACUUUCCUCUGCAUCACGUAUUCCUGGAAAAAAGAGAGAGCAGAAAUUAGAUCCUCAGAAGGAGGAGGUUAUAUAUGUCAGCAGAAGUGCAAAAGACUUUGCAGUAGUAGUUUAUUUCUUCGUCAAUGAAAUCAACAAUAAUGUCCAGUCCACGCGCGUUGUAACUUUAUUCCUUCCCUUGCUAAAUGAUAAGACACCAUUGCUUUUGUACGAUGCUGCAGUAGCCACACCAUUUUCUUUAUCCGACCAACGGACCCGCAGUUGAAAGAAGGUCCUGAAGGCUGACCACCCCACCAACUGCAGAGUCUUCUUAAUAGCUUCAACGAUUUUGUAUUCUAAUUUCUAAGCAGGUGAGAAGCAGCUUCGUCUUUCCAACUCACGUUGCUGCCUAUCUUCCUGUCUUCAAUUUCCAUCAUGUUUCUUGCUUUAGUUUCUUCUAAUUUGUUAAUUCUUUCUUUUUCUUUUUGAUAAAUACUGCACCAUGUAGCAUCGAAGUUCAUCAGCUUAUGAAUCUAUAACCUCCUCUUCCUUCUUCCUUUCAAGAUAUUACCAAGUGGACUGUCCCCUAAACGAGAAACCGCCUUCCCCGCAUUAUUAAGUUAGAAAGAAAGACUGAAAAUGGCAGAAACAGUUCUCUCUUUUGUGCUGGAUCAACUCUCAACUUUUCUGCGCGAGGAGGGACCACUAUUGGGAGGGCUUCGGCAAGAGGUCCAAUUCAUCAGGGAUGAGUUGGGGCACAUGAAGGCUUUCCUGAGAGAGGCAGAAGCAAAAGAAGAAGACGCUCAACCCAGGCUCCAAGAAUGGAUCAAGCAAGUGCGAGAAGCUGCUUAUGACACUGAAGACAUUCUUGAUGAAUUUGUAGCUCGCUUUGCUCGGCAUCGCGCAACAGGAUUCUACGGCUCUGUUCGGAGAAUUUUCAGCUCCAUCAAGAAUUUGAGAGCUCGUCAUCGAGUUGCUAGCGAAAUACAAAGCAUCAAGUCCAGAACCAAAUGUAUUUCUGAAGGUCAUCAAAGAUACCAAUCCGAAUAUGGUAUCUCUGCCCAGGCGUCCAACUCAGUAUCUGCUGUGAACAACACAACCUGGCGCUAUAGCAGAGACGAUGCGCUGCUUGUGGAAGAAGCUAAAUUAGUUGGCAUUGACCAGCCCAAGAAACAUCUAAUUUCUCAGCUCCUCGAAGGGGAUGAUUACCAACUAAAAGUUGUUUCAGUGGUUGGUAUCGGAGGACUUGGCAAAACUACCCUGGUGAAAAAAGUCCAUGAGGAUCCUGAAGUCAGAAGGCAUUUCCCAGUUCGUGCUUGGGUAACUGUCUCUCAAACAUGCGAGUUUCAUGAUCUCCUGAAAGACUUGAUUCGACAGUUACACGAGGAAGGGAAGAAACCAGUCCCACAAUCGAUAGAGUCUAUGACUGCCACUGAGCUGAAAAAAUUUGUCAAAGACUUUCUUCAACAAGCUGGAAGGUAUGCAAUUGUUUUUGACGAUGUAUGGGACGUAGAAUUUUGGAAUACCAUCAAAUUUGCACUGCCCGAGAGCUGCUGUGGCAACCGUGUCAUGCUAACAACUCGAAGAGCUGAUUUAGCUGCUGUGGGGCGUUUUGUCUACAGAAUGGAGCCACUAUCUGUUGAGGAUUCAAGGACCCUGUUUUGCAACAAGAUCUUUAACGGUGGUACUUGCCCUGGCCAUUUGAUGGAUGUUGCCAAAGGUAUAUUGGAUAAAUGUGAGGGCUUGCCCCUUGCAAUCCUUGCAAUCAGUGGGCUUUUGGCUUCGAAAGAUGUAAACAGAAUAGACGAAUGGGAGAUGGUUCGACGUAGCCUUGGGUGUGAAUUAGAAGGCACGGGCAAGCUGGACAGAGUUAAAAAGAUACUUUCUCUCAGUUAUGGUGAUUUGCCUUGGCAUCUAAAGACGUGUCUGUUGUACACAAGUAUCUUCCCAGAGGAUUACGAAAUAGAAUGCGCAAGACUCGUUAAUUUGUGGAUUGCUGAAAGGUUUGUAGAAUGGAGGGAAGGAAUGAGUAUUGCAGAUGUAGCCUGGGGUUAUUUUAGUGAACUCGUCAAUAGAAGCCUAAUUCAAGUGACUAAGGUGUUUUACGAAGGAAUGCCCAACACUUGUCGAAUCCAUGACCUGUUGAGAGAAGUCAUUCUUCUCAAGUCAAGGGAACAAAACUUGGUCACAGUUACUACUGGACAACCAACGAUGUGGCCGUCCGAUAAGGUUCGCCGUCUUGUAGUCCAUAGUUGUAGCAGUGACAACACCCAGCACCACCAACAAGGACACAAUGAUUGCUUUGACCACCUUCAGUCGUUCGUUACUGUUGGAUCCACGAACCCACUACUGUCUAGAUGCUUGUUAUCUAAAGUUUCAGAGAGUAGAGUGGAGAGAGUCCCAAAAGGCAUUGGGAAGCUUCAACAUUUGGAGUUUCUGGAUUUGGGUAACACUGCAGUUAGGGAAUUACCCAUGGAAAUCCUAGAGCUGCAAAAACUUCGGUAUCUCAGAGUAUAUCAACUAGUUGAUUCUUCAGAUGAUGAUUAUGGAUCUCACGGAUUCAAAACUCCAUCUAAUAUGGGAGGGCUUCUUGCCUUAGAAACAUUAAGCACCAUAGAUGCAAGUAGUGGAUCUACAAUAGUCAAGGAGAUAGGAAAGCUGACCCAAUUAAGAGAGCUAUAUAUUACAAUGUUGAAAAGAGAAGAUGGAAAAGAGCUCUGCUCCUCCCUUGCCAACCUCACCAGCCUUCGGAGAUUAAGCGUUGGUUCAAUUGGAAAAGGUGAUGAUCAUGAGAUAAUUGAUCUAAAUCAUCAUCAUCCUUCUCUUUCUUCUUCUUCUUCUUCUUUUCUUCAAUCUCUUCAUCUGCUGAUUUUGCGUGGCCGCUUAGAAAAGAUGCCACAAUGGAUAGCUCGUCUUCACUGCUUGGUAAGAUUAGAUUUGAAUUGGAGCAGGUUGAGGGGUGAGGAGGAUCCGCUUGAAUCCCUCCAACAUUUGCCCAAUUUGGUUAGUAUUAAUUUCUGUGGAUCUUACCAGGGAGAAGGGCUGUGUUUCAAGGCUGGAGGGUUCCUGAAAUUGAAGAGGUUGCACCUAAAGAGAAUGGAAGGGUUGAGAUGGAUGAGAGUGGAGGAGGGUGCAUUGCCUCGUCUCCAAAAACUAUUUCUGCAACAACUUCCAUUACUGGAGGAAUUACCUUUGGGUAUUCAGCACUUGAGCCACCUUCAACGGUUGAUUUUGCAUGAGACGAGUUCUCAAUUGAGAGAGAAGCUGUUAGAGAAUCAGAAGGAAGAAAGUGAAGAUUACAGAAGAAUCGCACACAUUCCUGAAAUUCUCAUUGGUUACUAUACAGAUGAUAGGAAAUGGAGAAGCUGCAACCUGUGGGCGGAGAAGAAGAAAACAUAUAAUCUUUCCAAGCAGCAGCAGUAG